UUGAAACUAGAUAAAAAAAAAAAAAAAAAACAUCUUGACCUCUUUUGGUAAUUCACCCAAACAUCAUUUUAAAUGUUCAUUAAUGUCAUUUACGUGCUGAAUGCGAAUUUAGUCUGACAUAUUUUUAACCAAAAUGUGAUUUAAAGAAAAGAAGAAAAUAAAAGGGGGUAAAAAGAAGAGUCAAUAUUCCCAUUGUUCCCAUCUGAAGUCGUUGUUCUCAUAUCAAUCGCUGAACACUUGUUUGAUGUGGUAAAGUCCUGAAUGGUUUUGGAGAGGAGCGCAUACAGUAAUUGGAGAGGGUGGGACUCCAGCAAGUGCGCUUUAUCCUUCCUCUCCAAAGAGGAGCCAGGUACACACUGAGCUGACAGCCCACCGCAGACAGCCUUCAGCGAAUCAACCUCACAACGGCCUCCAUCGCUGCAGCUCCAUCUUGUAGAAUGAGUUACUACUUGGAUCCAGUUUCCUCCUGUCAGGCUCUUCAACCGCCUGACUGUCUGGGUGUAAUGAGGGCAAGUGGCGGGAUGGCCGUUACUAUGGUAACACAUAUGCAGCCUCCUGCAGUGUGCCACCCACAAAACCCAGCUCCACCCAGACCCCUGUACGCCCACCACAUCACCCUGCAGGAGGUGCCCAACGGACCCGAAUACAGCCCUAACGAUCUGGAGUGUGCGGAUGUUCCUUUACUGACUCCAGGAAGUAAAGAAAUGAUGUCACAGGCUCUUUUGGCCACUUUCAGCGGCUUCACCAGGGAACAACAGCGACUCUCCAUCCCUAAAGGAGAUUAUACGGGUUUGGAAAAACAUCAGGACCCCCGUGAGUGGACAGAGGCACACGUGAGAGAAUGGUUGACCUGGACGGUAAAUGAGUUCAGUCUGAAGAAUGUGGACUUCCAUAAGUUCAGCAUGGACGGAGCCAAUCUCUGUGCAUUGGGCAAAGAGCGCUUCCUGGACCUGGCACCGGACUUUGUGGGCGACAUCCUCUGGGAACAUUUAGAGAUGCUGCAGAAAGAAGACCCGAAGCAUUUCCCUGUCAACGGUCUGACCUCCAGUUUCCAGGAAUCCCGCUACCCCUCAGACUACUUUUUCAACUAUGGCAUUGAGCAUCCUCAGUGCGUCCCUCCUUCCGAAUACUCAGAGCCGAGCUUCAUAACAGAGUCUUACCAGACCCUUCACCCCAUAAGCUCAGAAGACCUGCUGUCACUCAAAUACGAGAGCGAGUAUCCAAACGUUAUACUGCGAGACACACCUCUCAAUCCACUGCAGGGAGACUAUUUUUCAGUCAAACAGGAAGUCGUGUCACCCGACAACAUGUGUGUGGGUCGCAUUAGCAGAGGUAAGCUGGGAGGUCAAGAUUCGUUCGAGAGCAUCGACAGUUUCGAGAGCUGUGACAGGCUGACGCAGUCCUGGAGUAGUCAGUCGUCGUUCAACAGCCUGCAGAGAGUUCCCUCCUACGACAGCUUCGACUCGGAGGACUAUCCCACUGCACUGCACGGACACAAACCCAAGGGCACCUUCAAAGACUACGUGCGGGAGCGCUCGGACCUCAGCAAGGACAAACCGGUCAUCCCGGCAGCUGCGCUCGCUGGGUACACAGGCAGCGGACCCAUCCAACUCUGGCAGUUCCUGUUGGAGCUCUUGACAGACAAAUCCUGCCAGUCCUUCAUCAGCUGGACUGGAGACGGCUGGGAGUUCAAGCUUUCCGACCCCGAUGAGGUUGCACGUAGGUGGGGCAAGAGGAAAAACAAGCCCAAGAUGAACUACGAGAAGUUGAGUCGUGGUCUACGCUACUACUAUGACAAAAACAUCAUCCACAAGACGUCCGGCAAGCGCUACGUCUACCGCUUCGUGUGUGACUUGAAAAGCCUGCUGGGAUACACUCCCGAAGAGCUCCACACCAUGUUAGACGUCAAGCCGGACACGGACGAGUAAAGUUUGGACGGGUAGUAAAAGGCUGAAAAAGUCCCUCACAGACCCUGGAAAGAAAAGAAAAAAAAAAACGGGUCGUCCAUUUUCGGGUCCAAUCACAUUCCAUCUUAUCACUUAGUCGUGGUCCAGUCUUGUUUUGAGCUCAUACGGGACACAAAAGGAAGCGUCAAAACAUUUACCAAAGUUUAGAAUCUGUAGACUUUGUGCGUCUAUAUUGUUUAUAGUUCUGCGGGGAAGGGAAAACUCUAAGUUCAGGUAGAACUGCCGUUUUGUCCCAGUAGCACAAACACCGGGAAGGAACAGAGGACAAAGAGAUGGACAUUUCUUGGACUGAAUGCUCCUGUUAUUAAAUGCGUUGCCAAAAUUAGAGACAAGAGGAAUAUCGCAGAAAUAUUUACAAUUAAGUUACUUACUGUUUCUGUCUCCUUGCAUACCCACCAGGAGGAAGUGAGUUCUCAGCCGGACCAAAAGUUUAUAUUUUUUAUUUGUAUUUUUUAUUUUUAUUGUUUCUUAAAGAUCUGUAUGUGUCAGUAUUAAUUUGUGGAGAGACCAAUUGUAUUGAGAUGCUGUCCGGACAGAGAUUGCACCGUUUUGUACAUUUUCAUAUGCAGAAGAUGAAGGUUUAUUGAAGUCGAACUGUGCUUAGAUAUUCUUUCCGCUUCUUUUAAGGUCACGUUCGGUUGCUCUUACCACAAUGUCCAUAGCUGAAAAUGCUGUUUUUGAUCACCAGAUCAAAAUAGAUACCAGAGUCUCGACCUUUUCAGUUGAAAGAGACAUACCUCAGUCAAACUGAGAGACACAAACGAAAGCAGCCGUUGGCUUCUCAACGGUGACAGUCGCAGCACACGCACACGUUUGUGGUGAAAAAGAGAGUGUGCGUUUAUGUCACCGCUGGUGUCGUUUCAUCACUUGUUUUAAGACAAAAGACAUCAAACGUUUCUUGCCUUGGUUUGUUUGUACGUGAAUCCUUUUUCAUAAAGUCUUGCCUUAAUAUAGCACAUUUAUGAACUUACUGUGUCUUCUCGAGGCAAGCUGAAACACGUGUAGGAAGGUGACAUCUGAAAUGUCAUUCGACCGGGCCUCUUUGCAAUCAAACGGUUUGCUGGCAGCGCUAGACUGAACCGAAAGCCAUAAACCCGCACCAUGUGAGGCACCUUGAGAACGAUCCUGUGCGCUUUAGCCACGUUAAAAAAGCGCACGCCGCAGCAUGCAUCUGGAUAGUCGAAGUACGUGAGAUGGAUUUUGCAGCGGCAAAGAAAGAUCUUUUGGGGAGGUGUUGAAUUUCCGAGAUGGUUUGUGAAAGUGACUGUUAAUGGUAGUGGCUGAUAUAACGUUAAGAUUGGAGGACCACCAGAUCGUGCUGAUACUUUCGGCAGCUUUAAAGAUGAUGGCGUGUGCUGCUGCUGGCUAACAAAUGUCACAAGAUCGAAAAUGGGAGUACGUUUCGUAACGGUUCAUUUAAAAUGCAGUAUUAUGGCCAUUUGAGUCAUCGCUGGGUGGGACUUAAGCCAGAGUUAUAUAGUGCAGUUUCCAUGAAAUGAAAAACAUACUUUAGAUGUAGUUGUUUUUAGAGAGACUGCACAGAAAAAUGUGCAACAUUGACACUGAAAUGUAAAGUUUUAGAAUCGUUUUGCGCCGUCUUCAGCGCAGCAUUUCGACUGAUUCACUGUGUGGGAAGGGUCUCGAGCACAAGACCUUGUGGGAAAAGCCAAAGUAAAGAACGUUCUUCUAAGAAAACAAAUCGUAUUGUUUACACAGGCGGAUGCUACCCAUCCUAAUUGGUGGAGCUUUGGAAUUGUCUAUUUUUACAGAUAACAUUUCAUAAAAUAAACCAUAUUCACAAGAGCUCAGAAUAAAGUCUUUAAGCUCGUUUUAGUUAUGAACAACAACAAAAAAAAUGCUACAUCACCUGAACAAGCUAAAAAAAAAAAGUCUCACUGAAAUAACAAGCCUGAUUUUAGUUAAAGCCCACAGUGAUGUUGUUACCUGACAUAUUCUCAAACCACACCAAAAGCCAGCCACAUGUAACAUGGAAACAUGACUUAUUUUAAUAAGGUCCAGAUCAUAAUGCAGUCUUUGUCCUGAUUGUAAAAAGUGAUGCAUUUGUGUGAAAAGAUGCAUACAUACAUACAUGUUUGUUCACACUGAGGAGUGUUGCUUUUAUUUCCCCACAAUUUUGCCUUAUUUUGUAUAUUUUAUAUUUCUGUAUUUUUUUGUUAAAAUGAGAAUUUUAAUGUAUUUAGUUCACAAACAUUUUGAUAUUUUUCAAUAAUUUAUAUUUUAUAAACUUUGAAAUAUGAGAUGCAGACAGCUGGUGCUUUCGUGGGGAAAAAAAAAAAAAAAAAAGGUAGCGCAGGACAAAAUGUAGCGAUUUUUUCUUUUAUAUGAAAAUGAAAAGGAAAAAAAAAAAAAGAAAAAGUUGAAUUUAAGGAAUUUAAAGACCUGUCUGCUUAUACAGUUCUGUAUAGAUAAGGCUGAUGCUGGCCCAUCAUUACGUUCCGCUGGAGAGUUUUAUAAACAGUAGCUUCUAUUUCUUAUUGUACUUUAAAUUGUUAUGUUAUUAAAAUAUAUGUGGACAAAACGA